GUGUUUUACUUUAAUUCACAGGUGUUUAUCUAUGUUUUUUAGUAAUAUAUACAAAAUGGAGUUUAUUAUUGGUAUUCAAGGAGCUGAUUUUGUAUUAACUGCUUCAGACACUAAUGGAAUGCAAAGUAUUGUAAGGAUGAAGGAUGAUGUUGAUAAAAAUUUUGCACUUGGAAAAAAUUUGUUAAUGACAAUAUGCGGAGAGUCAGGUGACACGACCAACUUUGCUGAAUAUAUCGAGAAGAAUAUACAACUUUACAAGAUGAGAAAUGGUUAUGAGUUAACUCCACACGGUGGUGCAAAUUAUGUUCGGAAAACUUUAGCAGACUUUCUGAGAAGCAGAACACCAUAUAAUGUAAACUUAUUGCUUUCUGGUUGUGAUGAGAUAGAUGGACCUGCACUUUAUCAUAUGGACUACUUAGCUGCUAUGACGAAAGUUCCUUUUGCUGCUCAUGGUUAUGGAUCAUUUUUUUCACUUUCAACAUUAGACAGACAUUGGAAGCCUGAUUUAAGCAGGGAAGAAGUUAUGGAAUUGUUAAAAAAAGUCAUCGCACAAGUUCAAAAACGUUUCAUAGUAAAUCUGCCAUCUUUUAACAUUCGAAUCACUGACAAAGAUGGUAUCCAUGAUAUGGGUCGGUACACACCAGACAAAGUUGCACAGUGAAUGUGCGUCGCAAAAAUGGAAGGAAAAAGCCAGCAAAAGAGCGUGUUGUAAAAAUGUUUUGUUUAAUAAUAAACCAACUUAAACUUUUA